AUGGCGCAAGGUCCACCUGGUGGUAUUCUUGGCAUCCUGGGAGUUGUAGUGGUGGCUGGUCUGAUUGUAGGAGUGGUGGCCACAAUCUGUAUGGUGUACAGAAGAGGACAGAAACCCCGUUCAGAGACUGACAAUGACCUGACCGACCUCCCACCAGUUCACAAGCCGGCCCCUCCGCCACCCAAGAAAAAGAGCAGCGAUAUGAAAGGAGACCUGACAUCUGACGAGAUCCAGGUUGUUCAUCUGGACAAGGACGAUGAGAUACAGAAGAUUCCUCUUCAGCCACCAUACUAUGACAUGGCACAGUCUGAGUCCAAUAAGCCGAACUCUGCAAACGAAGAGCUACCAGCCCCAGCCGACCAUGUGAGCUGUCACCACCCGGGCAACCAGGAAAAAAUUGUUGAGCCUCCACCCCCUUCUGCCUACCCACCUGUUACCCUCCUACCCCACAACCCUUACACCCAACACCCUACUAACACCCCAAUGUACACCUUCCAGCCCAACUCUGCCCCUUCCGCCCCCCGACCCCCUUUCAACUACCCGAAGGAGCAGUCUGUCUAGAUCUCGUGUACAGGAUAGCCAUUACGAGUUACUCCUGCAGAGAACAACACCACCUUCCUCUUUGCUGUUGUCCAACGCUGGCCACAUCAGGACACAGACGGUCUCUCGGACCGAAAUAAAAAGUGUCAGUAGUUUGUUGACCUGAAACCGUGUGUGUUGUGCACUGCAUGUUUCACAACAAGGCUGUGGUUAGGACCCCUUAGUCUUGUGUUGUAAAGACCUCACUAUGAAACCAUACCUCACAAAAGCACACCUCACUUCUCCAAAACACAGGGUAUUGGCCUUUGCUUUGCAUAAGAUCUCACCUUCCUUUGUUUCCAUACUGCCAAGUGUCUGACCAUUUAACGUAUUUAAAGGAACAGUUCACCCAAACGUGAAAAUCCUGUCAUUUAUUUUCAAUAAAACACAACACGCUGUUUCUAUUGU